AUGGGCCACGGUGAUUCCGGCUAUUCAGGCUCUUCGUCAUCCUCGUCGAACUCUUCAUCCACCUCAUCUGCAUCGUCUUCCUCCUCUACCUAUUCUACUUCCACAAGCAAAUCAGCCAAGGCAGCCUAUCACGCCCACGACAAAACAUAUCCUUAUGAAGUCUGGUAUAUUGUUGCUGGUUUCAUCUUUAUCUGCGGAGUCGUACGCAUCAUCACGACCAUUCAUGCUUGCCUCCAUCGGCGCGGUUAUUUCCACGUUUCUGAGGACUCAGUCGAAGAACCUCGACGGACUCGUGCUAUAUCUCUUAGACGGUUACAUCUAGCGGCUGUCAACGCGUAUCGAAUCGUUGCAUUCCGAUGCAUCGUUCCCCUCGGUGCCGGAUACACGCUCAACGUGGCUGAGGUAGUCUUGACGGCGGUCUACAUCUUUAUCAUGAUGUUUUUCACGUUCGUCAGUUCUAAAUCGAACGGAGUUCUCUCAGUGGGGCUCUACGCCGAGCUAUCGGGGAAUAUCGCCACUCUCCAGACGCCCCUCGUCGUCGCACUGGCCAUGAAGAACAAUGUCAUAUCUUGGAUUACCGGCGUGGGCUUUGAUAAGGUGAUUCCACUCAACUACUUCCACCGAAUGACUUCGCGUAUCGUCUGUGUUCUUUUACUCAUUCACACUGGUGGUUAUGCUGCCCAGGGCCUUUCGGGUCACAAUUCGAUAUCGCAAGGCUGGAUGGUUGCUGGGACGACGAGCAUGGUAGCUUUGGCGUUCUUAUGCUUGGUCUCCGUUAAACCGGCUCGCGCUCUGAGCUAUGAGACUUUUAUCAUCCUUCAUUUCGUCAUGAUUCUCUACGACAUGUUCAUUUGGCCUUCAUUCGUUCUUUGGGGUUUCGACCGAGUUGUCCGGACCAUUCGUGUCGUUAUCUUCAACCAUUCGUACUUCGGCUUCAAGUCCGGUCUUGGAACGUUCAACGCAACGGCAGAGAUUGCUGCUCCAGGCUACGUACGGCUGACCAUUCGUCGUCCAAAACAUAUCGGCUGGGCAGCAGGACAGAGUGCCUGUCUAACUAUGCCCGGAGUCUCCGUCCUCCCUUUCGAGAACCACCCCUUCACCAUCGCCAAUGCCGACGUCGGCCAUGCCUCCAAGGCCCCCGACGAGAAGGGCAUAGCUGCCGAGGGUCAUGGAAAGGAUAUGGUGUUCCUGGUCAACGCACAGAAGGGAUUCACUCGACGACUGUUGAAGAUUGCUGAGAAGGGUGAAACACUGAGGAUCUUUGUAGAUGCUGCUUAUGGGUCGCCACCGAGCAUCGGUGGCUUUGACACUGUUGUCUUCAUCGCCGGCGGUUCCGGUGUGGCGUUCACAAAUCCUCUUUUCGUUGACCUUAUCCACCGUGCGCGCAUGAAUCAGGGUACAUGCCGCCACAUUGUGUUCAUCUGGGCCAUUCGUCAUGCCGAUCAUAUGAAUCUCGUAUACGAAGACCUCAGACAAGCUGUUCAAGAGAUACCGCCUUCAGUCACCCUCGAAAUUCGUGUCUUCAUCACCUCUCCUCCCAGCUCGUCGCUUCCGGCCAGUAGCGAGACGUCAUCCGUGACCGACGGCACAGAUCCCGAACUUGAGGAGAAGAGCAUGCUCAGGCUUCAUAAUCUUCCAUAUACUCUCAUCGAGCCUGGCCGUCCUGAUAUCGAAACGCUUCUUACUACGGCUGCUUCUCUGGCCCGGGGAACUUGUGGCCCCACAGGACUUACCAACCGCGUACGCCGUGCGCUAUGCUCCUCUGAGGUCGGACCCAUGGCGGUCUUGCGCGGUGGUCCUACAAUUAACCUCUUCAUUGAAGAGUACGACUCUGCUUAA